CAAACGGGAUCAGACAAUAGAUGGUCUUUUGCAUCUGGCUCCCUUCGCCUAGCCUAGAACAAUGGUUUUGAGUUCAUUCAGGGUGUAGCAUGCAUGGAUCAGUAGCUGGCUCCUUUUUUUUUGCUAACUACUAUGCAUUCCAUUCUAUGGCUGGUCCACAUUUUGUUCACCAGCUGGUGGAUAUUUCUGCAUUUACAUUUAAGUGGUAAAACGCACAGUCACCUGAGAUUUAGCUGGCUGACACUGGAUGUCACCAUUGUGCUGUAGAAUGUCGUUGCAGAACAGGGAAGCCAGCUUUAAUGUGAUGCAAACACCCUUGAACUUGUCCUAAAGACAAAGGCUUCAGUUUCAGCUCUGUUAGUUUUGCGGUGACGUUGGAGCCAGAAUUCACAAUGACAACGGUAACAAGGACCACAGAAGUCCCCCCAAGGGGUAAAAGAGAAGAUAAUUCUGCCUUGUAUGAGUCCACAUCAGCUCAUGUUAUUGAAGAAACUGAAUAUGUGAAAAAGAUCCGAGCUACUCUGGAAAAGAUCCGAAACCAAGUUUUUAAAGAUGAAGUAGGACAUAAGCGUACAAAUGACAAACUAGAAACAAAGCACUGUCGAAACAUUGAAAAUGGCUCUGAUUCUGAAGUGGACUCCUCUGGUGGCCAUUUCGAUCUGCUCAUGGAAAGGAUGAAAGGAAAAGAAGAGCAGCUCUUAGAAAUGAACAAAGAAAAUGAAAUAUUGAAAAUCAAGCUGGAAGCCUCCAGACAAACAGGAGCAGCAGCUCUGAGAAACGUGGCCCAGAGGUUAUUUGAAAUCUACCAGACACAGUCUGAAGAAGUUAGAAAGAACCAUGAGGCUGGUAAACACUUGCUGGAGGUUAACAAACUUGAAAAGGAACAGCAACUGAAACAACAUGUUGAAAAUCUGAAUCAGGUUGCUGAAAAGCUUGAAGAAAAACAUAAGCAAAUCACAGAGCUGGAGAACCUUGUAGAGAGGAUGAAAAAGGAAAAGAAAACACUGCUAGAAAAAAAACUGUCUUUGGAAAACAAGCUGCUGCAACUCAAAUCCAAUGCUACGUAUGCUAAAAGUUGCCACAAUCUUCAAACGGAGAUUUCCCUUCUCCAGGAGCAGAUCUCACAUCUGCAGUUCGUAAUUCAUUCCCAGCAUCAGAACCUGCGCGGUGUCAUCCAGGAGAUGGAAGGAUUAAAAAAUAACUUAAAAGAACAAGAUAAGAGAAUUGAAGACCUGAAGGAGAAAGUUAACAUCCUUGCGGCCCAGAAUAAAGAACUAAAAACCAAAGUGGCACUUUGGUCUGAAACGCCUAGGACAACUGUAUCUAAGUCUGUCUCUACAAGCGAAUUGAAGACUGUCGACUCGGCUACGCCCUAUGUGAUGUUGAUUAAGCUCCGGAAAUGAGCUGACUGGCUGAAGAUCUGAAUGAGAAAGAUUGCUACGUGAGUCUUAUUUAUUCCUUGAAACACAGCGUAAACUUUCAUGUUGAAAUGGCUCACUGCCAGCAUUCAGUGGAAUUUACUAUACAUCAACAGCUUUGCAGGAAGAUGACAUUCCAGAAAAUCAAACAAAUGUAUAUUCAAGGGAAGGAACUCUUUCUUCAAAACUUACUAAAUGGGUGAAGACAUCAGGGGCUUUUGAUGGAAGAGGAAUUUUGCUUUAAACUUAAAAAAAGAUCUGAAUCUUUCUUGCAGAUAUUUGCUGCAGGGAGUGGUUUAAGGUUGUCAAUGAUGACUUUCUGAUAGUGGUUUUUAUGUAAAAAAAUGGAAGAGUAUAUGUGUGUCUGAGUAAAUGAUACAUUUUAAAGUUAGCUUUCGAUAAUAAAAUUUCUCAACAUGAAUUUAUAAAUUCAUCUCCUGACCCAGUGUUCAUGGGAGAGUUACUCUCUACAGCAUUAUGGACAGGAGAAGGAGUAGGUUCUUUUUAGCGAAUUCCCCAACCCACAUAACCCUCCAAACCUAGAAUCAUGGCAUCCCACCACACCUUAGAAAGCCAUUGUUCUUCAGUUGGGAUUGAAAAUUGGUUGCUGGAGAUAACCUACAAAUAAGUACAAAGAAAUGGAGCUUGUGACUCUGGCUUCGUGACUAAUUUUCUUUUCAAGAUUCAUUAUAUUAUCUACGCAAAUAUUUGGAGGGAAGAAUAGGAACACAAUGCUGUCAGCUCAUACCUCCAUAAAAAUGUGUAUGUUCUGGGUUUAGGGGAACAGUGGCUACUGUCUGCAGCCAGGAAGAUGCUGAAUUCAUGAAUUGGAAUUAAAUGUCCAGUGCUUUUGUGAAAUGAAAGUGUAUUUACAUUUUGAUACAGACAUUCAUCACAGGUGAAGUUUGUGAUUGCUAUGAGGAAAACCAGACUCUGAUUUGCAGAAAUGCAAAAAUGCUGACACUCAGAAGAGAAAACCCUUGAACUAAAGGAAUAAUGGGCAGCCUUAGCCCCCACUGAAGGGUGAAUUACUUAUAAGUCUUUUGAUCAUCCUCUCAGACAUAGGACUGUAAACAUUUUCUCAGGAAAGAUGCUGGAAGCCUUUCAAUGUAGAAUGUGAAAUACCAGUAUUAUCUAUGAAAUAUUUAAAAAUACAUACAAAUGAGAUAAAGUAAUGUAUUUAUGGGGCGCCUGGGUGGCUCAAUGGGUUAAGCCGCUGCCUUCGGCUCAGGUCAUGAUCUCAGGGUCCUGGGAUCGAGUCCCACAUUGGGCUCUCUGCUCAGCAGGGAGCCUGCUUCCUUCUCUCUCUCUCUCUGCCUGCCUCUCAGUGUACUUGUAAUUUCUCUCUGUCAAAUAAAUAAAUAAAAUCUUUAAAAAAAAAAGUAAUGUAUUUAUAAAUUCCUCAAAGUACUGUAAUCCUUGAAAUGUUGCAUAACUAUAUGUGUACAUUUCAUGCUUCAUGUUUUUAUUGCUUGCUAGUUUUUCAAGUGUAGUUAUUGAAUAACAUUUAUGGCACAGUUCUUAUACCAGGAACAAUUCUAAGUACUUAACCUGUAUUAAUUACUUCAGUCUUCCCAACAGGCCUCAAAAGCAGGUCAUGUUAUUACCCCAUCUUCCAAGGGUGGAUCCUGUGAGGUCCAGGACUUUUCCCUGCUAAUGAUGGAGCAAGGAUUUGGACCUCUGACGUGGCUAUCAGUAGUCCUUCUAUUUGCCCACAUGGUGGUCUGAGGUAUUGCCCCACAAUGGAAAUACCUCUUUUUGCUACUUUUAACAAGCACAGCUUCCUUGUCGGCUGUAGGCAUUAUCCCGUGAAUGACAGUCAUAAACAACCUUGACUCAUAAAGUAAAUGUUUUUCUGCAUUUAAGUUGGUCUUUCACCUGUUGGAUUGCCCUCAUGAGAACUUAGUUCAGAAAAAUGUCCCUACUAAAAAAUCUUCUAUAUUUAUCAUCAUGACCUAUGCCACAUGGAAGAUUUUUUGGUAGCAUGUUUUCAGGCACAUUUGUAGGGGCAUUAGGGUCAUGAACUCUGUCAAGGAUUUGUGGUGUGGUAAGCAAAUUCACCUUUCACCUGAAGACCACUUUGGGUUCCUUUUAUACUCUAAUCACCAUGCUGGAUGGUAAUAAAUAUGAGCAUUUGGAAUGGAUCCAUAUGACUGACCUAACAACUAGAAUGAUUCUCAUUAGAAUAAUGUAUUCUAGAGUCAAAAAUUGGAAGACACUGUUGGAUUUAAUUUAGGUUUAACUCUGCUCACUUUUGAACAUGGGAGUAGAGUUGGAUGUGAUAGGACCGGUCCUGGGUUCUCCACGUUCACCCUGGAUUGGUCUUUGGAUUUCCUAAGAAUAAGAACAAGCAGUUUCAGAAGCUUAAAAAAUGUCUGGACUCUUCAAAUACAAAAGUAUCUUUUUAGUAACAUCAGCAGUAUCAUUUAUUUGUCAUACGUGGCUUAUGUCCUAUAUCUUUAUUGUUUCAGUUUUUAUCAUUUGGAAUGUCUUUUGAAUACAUAUUUCUGAGCAAUAAAACAAAUGAUCACAGUGGGGAAUAAAAAACAUUAACCUAAAAGUAGUACCACACAAGAUAUACAGGAAAAGGAACACCAGUUCAAUUGUAGUCCAAAUAAUUGUACUAAUAAUUACACUAAUCUAUAUAUUAAAUAAGAAGGUCUGGGGUGGACCUGGAAGUGAAUACAGGAAGGUGGGAGAUAAAGAGAAACUUAGUUCACUUUGAUUACAUAUUGUUACAAAUUAUCAUUAAGAAAUGUUUAAGCAACAACAAAAAGAAAUGUCUAAACAAUUGGUAUAAUACAUAUAUCUUUUGAAUAAUUGCUUAUGGUAUGCCUUACAGUAAAGAAAUUGAUACCAUAUUUUUUGUUCUUAUUUCUUUUUACAUUAAAAUUAUUAUGCAUAAGUGGA